GGGUCAAGUCGUCAGUUACCCUUAGCAUUUGUAGAAUGCAUGAAAUCAUGUUUAAAGAAUCAAUUGCAAAAUUGUAGUUCUAAGAGUUAGAACAUGUUGAAAUGUGAUUAUUAUAUUUAGCAAACGACAUUAUGGAAAGGCAUAGUGGAGAUUGCUGCUGGAGAACUUUGGUCGUGGUUUGUCGCGUCCUCGGUAUAAUAACAGCCCUUGUUUUGUGGGGUGUAGGAGUGGAGUAUGUGUUCUAUGGACAUACAUUUGGAAUCUACUACCUUGUCCUGGCUGUAGUCCUAACAUUUUUGGAGCUUGUCUUUCUAUUAAAUCAUGUUGUGGAGACAUGUGUCAGCCAAACAAGUUUUUUUGUGCGUGUAUGGGACAUUAUAUUGUGUAUUGAUGACUGGAAGAAAGGGGGCCUCUAUUUUGUGAUAUUUGCCCCGCCUUGCUUUGUUAAGCCUCCGGAAGUCUUUUUGGGAGUUCCUGCAGGUUGCUUGUUGAUAGUGACAGGAAUCUUUUACAUGCUGAAAACAUUAAAGACAAAAAGAGAUGAAGAAAUCAAUGGUCUACAAAAUACUUCAUAUGACAGUUUGACUUUUUUCAGGUUUGAUAAUGUGCCAGAUGAAGAUGAUAUGGUGAACCCAACCCAAAGCCCUGCAGCUUUAACCAGUCUAGCUGACCAAUCAGAGAUCUUAGAUUUGUAGGAGGACAAGUGUGUGUGUGUGUGUCCUCACAAGAUGGCCCGUGUGUGUGUGUGUCCUCACAAGAUGGCCAGUGUGUGUGUCCUCACAAGAUGGCCA